CCGGGGUUUUUCCUGUUGCCUGGCUGCCGACCCCCCACAGGAAGAUAACGGCCGAGCCAGGAGGGCGGAGCAGCUGGCCGCACAUGUCUGGCUGCCCUGAUCAACUUAUCAUAUAAGGGGCGGCGAGGGAUCGAUUCGGACCCCGGCAGGCAGCCUCGGGGGGCGGAGGAACAAAGCAGCGUCCGCAGGGACCUGCAGGCGAGCGCAGCCCAGCCCGACCUGGCCCGGCGAGCGGGUCCCACUGCCCUGGAGGUCUGACAGCUCGAGCGGCAGGACCGGCGCUCGCGGCAGGACCAGCACGGGAAAGCCUGCCGCCGCCGGCGGACGCGGGGACCGGGCUCCCGCACGCGGACCCUGACUGAGCCGGCAGCCGAGCCCCCCGCGCCUGCCUGGGAGCGCCGCCCGGGACCGGCUCCCAUGCGCCCGGGAGCCUGCUGAGCGCCGGCCCGUCCGUCCCCCAGACGAGGAAAGAAUGUGGCGGGUGGUUUUCUUUGCGCUGGGCUGGGACCUGGCCCUGGCGGCCGCGCACAGCAACUUUCGGAGGAGCAUGGACGGCGUCGGGCGGCGGCAGUACCAGGUCCAGCACGGCGCCUGCAGCUACACCUUCCUGCUGCCCGAGUCGGACAACUGCCGCCCGGCCGCCAGCCCCUACGUGUCCAACGCCGUGCAGCGGGACGCGCCGCUCGACUACGACGACGACUCGGUGCAGAGGCUGCAGGCGCUGGAGAGCGUCCUGGAGAACAACACCCAGUGGCUCCUGAAGCUGGAGAGCUACAUCCAGGACAGCAUGAAGAAGGAGAUGGCGGAGAUGCAGCAGAACGCGGUGCAGAACCAGACGGCGGUGAUGAUCGAAAUAGGGACGAACCUGCUCAACCAGACGGCGGAGCAGACGCGGAAGCUGACCGACGUGGAGGCCCAGGUGUUAAAUCAGACAACGAGACUCGAACUUCAGCUUCUGGAACAUUCCCUCUCCACAAACAAAUUGGAAAAACAGAUUUUGGAUCAGACCAGUGAAAUAAACAAAUUGCAAGAUAAGAACAGCCUCCUGGAAAAGAAGGUGCUGGACAUGGAGGACAAGCACGUGGUCCAGCUGCAGUCCAUCCGGGAGGAGAAGGACCAGCUGCAGGUGCUGGUGUCCAAGCAGAACUCCGUCAUCGAGGAGCUGGAGAAGCAGCUGGUGACGGCGACGGCCAACAACUCGGCCCUGCAGAAGCAGCAGCACGACCUGAUGGAGACGGUGCAUGGCCUGCUGACCAUGAUGUCCACGCCAGGCUCCAAGAACGCCGCCGCGGCUAAGGGAAAACAGACCGUCUUCAGAGACUGCGCGGACGCGUUCAAAGCUGGCCGCACCAGCAGCGGGGUCUACACGCUGACCUUCCCCAACUCCACGGAGGAGGUCAAGGCCCACUGCGACAUGGAGACGGCCGGCGGGGGGUGGACGGUCAUUCAGCGGCGCGAGGACGGCAGUGUGGAUUUCCAGAGGACUUGGAAGGAGUACAAAGUGGGCUUCGGGAACCCCGCGGGCGAGUACUGGCUGGGGAACGAGUUCGUGUCGCAGCUGACCAACCAGAGGCGCUACGCGCUGCGCAUCCGCCUGGCGGACUGGGAGGGCGGCGAGGCCUACGCGCUGUACGAGCACUUCUUCCUCUCCGGCGAGGACCUCAACUACAGGAUUCACCUUAGAGGGCUCUCGGGGACGGCCGGCAAGAUCAGCAGCAUCAGCCAGCCGGGGAGCGACUUCAGCACCAAGGACGCGGACAAGGACAAGUGCGUCUGCAAGUGCUCGCAGAUGCUCACCGGAGGCUGGUGGUUCGACGCAUGCGGCCCUUCCAACCUGAACGGAAUGUACUACCCCCAGCGGCAGAACACCAACAGGUUCAACGGCAUCAAGUGGUACUACUGGAAGGGCUCAGGCUACUCACUCAAGGCCACGGCCAUGAUGGUCCGGCCCGCGGACUUCUGAGGGCCUGUGCGGGCCGGGCCGGGCCAGGGCGGGCGGCUCGCUGUCCCAGACUCGGUCCCAGAGCUCUGACGACACCGCCGCGCUGCCACCUCCGCCGCCUCGGAGGGGCGCGUGCCCACGGGGGCUCCGCGGCAGAGCCCCGCAACCCCACCACGGGCACCUGCUCCACUCGAGGAACCGCCCCCCACCCCGUGCCCCGGCAGGGCAGCUCUGCAAAGACACUUGGAGCUCGCAGGGAGGACUCGCAGACCUCCUGACACUCCAGGGCGCCCCGCGUGACAGCUCCUCCGUAAAUAACUGGAAAACAGACUCGAGGGCCCGUCUGGGGGCGGGGGGAGGCUCGGGGCCGCACUCUCUGUGCGCACCACUCUCUCAGCCAGAGGGCGGAAAACACGCUUGCGGCCACACGGACGCAGGACCUGUUCGGGGAGGGUCCGAGAAGUGCGCGCCUGCAGCCCACUGUCCGCAGGAGGAGAGACGGAGUCCGUGCAUCUCUGCUCUCCUUAGGUCUUCGAGUUCUCAUCCGAAAACGGUGUAGUCACACGUGUGUCGCCGGCCAAGUUCUAAGCUAAUGCUCAGACGCAGAUGUCAAGGUCGGGCAGUGGCGGCCCCGGGGCCCCGCCAAGGAUGUAUUCUUUCACUCGUGUAAAGACUGUGCUAUCGGCUUGUUCUUGCCGCCUGACUGUUAAAUAUGAAGGUAUUUUUAGAGAGUAAAUAUAACUUAUGAGGUGA